AUGAAGACCCAGCCUCUGCAGCUGGGGCUUUCUCCCCUGCAUGCGUUUCGUAGCAGCAGCAGCAGCAGCAUGCUGUUGCUGCUGCUGCUGCUGCUGCUGCUGCUGCACGUCAGCUGUGUAGAGGCUUUAGAAUCAAAGGAGGGGCCCCCAGGAACACCUGAAUUUCGUGCGAAGCAUAAUGGGGCUGCUGCUGCAGCAGCAGCAGACCCUAGCGGGAGCUCAGCUGUCUCUGGGGCUGGUGAGGCAGCGAAGGAUGAGCCCGCUGCAGCAGCAGCAGCAGCAGCAGCAGCACCAUCCGACUCAGUAUCUAAGGAAUUCCGUGGCAGCACCAGCACCACCAGCACCACCACCAGCAGCAGCAGCAGCAACGGCAGCAGCAGCAACGGCAGCAGCAGCAACGGGAGAGGAGCUAUGGGGGCCCCCCUGAAUCUUCCUCAGCUGCUGUGGGAGCCGCUCACAGACACCGCGGAUUCGCGGCGGCUGUUCGAUGGCUGUGUUGCUGCUGAGGCCCCCAUUCUCUUAGAAUACGGCCACAGGCCGCUGCUGCCGGGGCUUACCCCGGAGCUGCAUGAGCUGCAGCAGGAGAACGAGCGGCUGCGCAGCAGACCCUGUGCAGCACAGAUACCUGAAUAUGCUACCAGCAGCAGCAGCAGCAGCAGCAGCAGCAGCAGCAGCAGCAAUGGUAGCAGCAGCAGCUAUAACAAAUACCUGCAGCAGCAGCAGCAAGAACAACAGCACAGAGAAUACUGGACAAACACCGGAAACGGAAAACCAUUAGGGCUACAGUUCGAAGAGGGAUUCAGCAGCAGCAGCAGCAGCAGCAGCAGCAGCAGCAGCAGCAGCAGCAGCAGCAGCAGCAGCAGCAGCAGCAGCAGCAAUUUUUACUGGGUUCCUAUGGCUCAACGUCAAGCACGUAGCUGGUGGCGUCACAGCCUAUCAGGGGCCCCUAACCCCCCAUCAGAGUCCCCCAUGGAGGGCCCCCCGCCCCCCCCGGGUUCCCCCCCCCAAUUGCUCCUGCUGCUCCAGCUGCUGCAGAUGCUGCUACUGCUGCAGCUGCAGCAGGAGAAGGAAGAGCAGCAACAGGAGAAGAGAAAUUCGACGCAGCACCUUCUGCUGCUGCCGCCGCCGCCGCAGCAGCAGCAGCAGCAGAAGCAGGAGCAGCAGCAGCAGCAGCAGCAGCAGCAGCAGCAGAUGAUGAUGAGGACAUGA